UCUAUCUCAUUAAGUCACUUGGUUUGUGUGGAAGUUUAGUUUUAAAAAUGGUUUUAAAAUUCUCGAAAUAUUGUUCCAUUUUAUUGGGAAUUUGUGCCUUAACUCAUGCUUGGACAUACAGUGAACAGGAUCAAUGGCCUGAGGAGUUUCCCAAAUGUGGUUCCAAUCACCAGUCACCUAUUGCUAUCUCAUCCAUGGAGGCUGAUAACAAAACUUAUCCUCGAAUAGACUAUGAAUACUAUGGGAAUGCCUUGGAAGUAACCAUAACCAACAACGGUCAUACGGCCCUGAUCAAAUUAUCAAACAACGCUGUCAAACCUCGAAUUUCUCGUGGACCAUUGCCUGCGAAUGAGACGUACGAAUUUGAUAGUCUACUCUUCCACUGGGGUGCCAACAAUAGCUUGGGUUCGGAACAUGUCCUAAAUGAUCAUCGAUUUUCGGUCGAAGUGCAAGCUGUCCACUACAACACCAAAUAUAAAAAUUUUGAUGAGGCCAUUCAGCACUCUGAUGGUGUGGCUAUUCUCACGGCUUUCUACCAGACUAACCCCUUUCAGCGUUUGACUGCUUUGAAUGAUGUUACCAAUGCCUUAUUCUCCAUAGUUGAGUAUGAAUCGUCAACUAAAAUUUCCGAUUUCAAAUUGUCCGGUAUAUAUGGCGGUAUAGAUAAACCCAGUAAAAGUGUCUACUACACCUAUGCUGGUUCGCUGACAACACCACCUUGUUCUGAGACAGUUACCUGGAUUAUAUUUCCGAUUGCCGUUUUUGUCGCUCCAUAUCAGUUGAAACCCUUUCGCAUGUUAAUGGACAAAAAUGGAGAAGAACUAGUGAAUAAUUUCCGUAAAUUGCAAGAUCUCAAUGGACGUAAGAUUUUAAUAAAUCGCUCUGGGUAUGGCAUCUAUCGAAAUGUUUAAUUUGUGUUGCACGGGAGGGAAAACCCUAAC